AUGAAAGGCUUCAAAGCUUACAACUUACUGAUGCCCGUUACUUGCAAAACCUCCAAGAGAACCCUACUGAUUCCAGGCCACUCAACCUACUCAGCUAAGCAAUGGGGAGCUGUUCUGGGCAGACAGCUGCUGUUGAGCGACUGGGCAUGCUCUCGAGCAAUUAUCUCUGACUGCGACGCCAAGUUCACCUCAGACUACUGA